CUCGAACAGUGCGCACGCACAGCGGACAUUCGGUACCUGGAGUGUACAGACUUUUGACGAAUUAGCAAUCGAAACGUUUCGUAAUCAAUCUCCACCUAGAAGAUUAUUUAGUAAAUUUAGUGGACACACAAGGUGUGAGACAGCUUCAAUCAGUGGGGUGACAUUGUCAUUCAUUCUGCCCUCAGCAUAAAUAGUGUUCGGAAAACAUAGAAAUAUUCCCCUAAUUACCCAUUCGAAGAUCUUCCGCUAAUGCGUCGUUGGGUGUGGAAGUGACAAAUGCCUGGAGGCGAAAGUGGUUAUUUUAAUUGUUAAAAGUGUUUGAUUUGAAUAAAUAAAUCAACAGUCUUCGGAAACGGAAAGCAGCAAACGGACCGUCCGAGUGGGGCAACAUUAGGCGACUCUAUUUACUCAUAUCAUCAGCGUUUUGCUUUUUUUUUACUGCUUCUUCACCAACGCUUUUUACGAUUCCAUCGCGCGCGCAUAACUAGUUGCGGUUGUGCCUUUUACAGAAUUGGUUUAGCAACCACGCAAGGAUCCGGACGUUGGUUGCGUAAAGCGAUAACACUUCUCGCCGUACCGAUAAAAAAAACCAUAGAUUCGAGUCGCACACGAUUUUCAAAUAAAGGACACUGUGAUUACCUUCGAAAUGAACGUCGAAUUGGGACGGAACAAUGAUUUGGCGCUGACGGAGGAGAAGAAGAUUCACAAUACCCCGGUGAUGGAGUUCUACCGCGGGAAGAACGUCCUGGUCACCGGAGGGACCGGAUUCAUCGGUCGACUGCUGAUAGAGAAAUUACUGAGAAUAGACGUCAAGCAGAUAAUUCUGCUCUCGAGGCCAAAAAAGGGCAAAACAGUACAACAGCGAUGUGACGAGCUAUUCGGCAGCGUGGUGUUCAUGAACCUCAAGAAGGAUUAUCCUGCGUUCAUGGAUCGCGUCAAGAUUCUUGACGCUGAUUUGCAGCACCCGGGACUGGGACUAUCGGACGAAUCGAUCGAUUACAUCAUCAACAACACCGAGAUUGUGUUCCACGCGGCCUCUGACGUUCGGUUCGAUCAAGCGCUGAAGAAGGCCAUCGAAGUUAAUGUCCGGGGUACUCGAGAUCUGCUCAAGAUCUGCGAGAAAAUUAUCAAUCUGCAGCUGUUUAUCUACAUCUCCACCGCGUACUCCAACUGUCCGAACGAGACAAUUAAGGAGGAAUUUUAUCCGCCACCGUCCGAUCCGGAGAAGAUGAUAAGGCUCGUGGAGGCGAUGGAUGACCACUUCGAGGAGCACAUGAACAAGACCGUCAACGAGUUCAUCCAUCCCUGGCCCAACACGUACGUGUACACCAAGGCGCUGACGGAGGACAUUGUGCGACAGUUUGGGGAGCUGCUGCCGAUCGCCGUUGUGCGGCCCUCUAUCAUAAUUGCCACCAACGAGGAACCGAUCGAAGGAUGGACGGACAAUAUUUACGGCUUGAAUGGAGUCAUCGCGGGAAUUGCGCUAGGAAUAAUCCGUGUUAUGAACGUAGACGACCGGAACAACGCUGAUAUCAUCCCGGCGGAUUUCGUGGUCAAUGGAGUACUGGUCGCCGGCUGGCAGACAUACGUUGAACGGAAAAACAGUCAUUCGAUUGAGGCCAAAGCUGGCAAUACGGAUAUGAAGGGUGUGGUUAAGUCGCGUACCAAGAUCUACAACUGUGUCACCGGAAGCAACAACCCGAUCACUUAUCAAAAAAUUUACGAGUAUUCAAUUGAGGUUGGAAACCAUUGUCCCCCUAAACGUUCCCUCUGGGUGGUCUGUCACAACACCACGACAAACAGGUAUUUGUACGAGUAUUACAAAUUCCUGUAUCAUCUGGUACCUGCAUUUCUGAUUGACACGUAUCUGCGGGCGAUACGACGAACACCACGAAUAAUGGAUCUUUACAAAAAAGUACACAAAUUCGCAACGGUUAUCUCAUAUUUUGCCAACGGUCGAUGGCAUUUCGAAAAGGAAAACAUGAAAGCCGUCAUCGAAAGACUCACCCCAGAUGACAGAUCUAUGUUCCCUUGCGAUGUGGACAAAAUCGUAUGGCGACUACUUCUGGACGUACAUUCACGGACUCCGGAGGCACAUUGCAAACGAACCGAUGGAUAACCUUGAGGAAGCGAAAAAGCGACACCGACAGAUGCGAUUAGUGCACUAUUUCAUCCUAACGGCGUACUACUUCUUCUGGGUGGUGCUGUUCUUCUACAUCUUCAAGUGGACCCUGUUCUGAGGGGGCGCCAGUGUCGAAAUUUGCUAAGAGAUAGAGAGCCCCCUUCCUGCAAAAUGAACUUGAAAGACUUUGAGACGCAUAACUCGCCACUGAAGGAUUUUUAUCGAGGAAAAAUUGUUUUUCUGACGGGUGGAACGGGAUUUCUUGGAAAGUUGUACAUCGAGAAAUUGAUUCGUUGUAAAGUUGCCGAAAUCUUGCUGCUAUCGAGGGCGAAGAAAGGGAAAACACCCAGCGAAAGACUGACCACGAUCCUCGGGUCGGAGCCGAUCUUCCAAAGCUAUCAGGAAAAUCCAGAGCACUAUUUGGAGAGAAUCAAAAUCAUUGAUGGUGACAUUAGCAAGCAGCAGUUGGCAAUCAGCAACGAUGACAUGUCCUACAUCAUCCACAAUGCGAACAUCUUCCUCCACGCGGCGGCUGACGUGAGAUUCGACGAGAAUCUGAAAGAAUCCGUGGAGACGAACGUCCGAGGCACGAGUGAGAUAUUGAAAAUCGCCGAACAAUCGAAAGCGCUGGAGAUUUUCAUAUACGUCUCAACGGCGUUCUCACAUUGCAACAGGGACAAAAUCGAGGAAAAGUUCUAUCGACCCCUCAUCGAUCCAUACUUGCUUAUAGAACUGGUCGAGAAUGAGAAGGACAUGGAUAAUUUUGAGGUGAUGAGCCGGAAAAUCAUCGAACCAUGGCCCAACACGUACGCAUUCACGAAAUCUUUGGCGGAGGAAGUACUUCGCCGAUUUACGGACAAAGUACCCAUAGCAAUGAUUCGGCCGUCAAUCGUCACAACCACCUACAACGAUCCAAUUCCCGGCUGGACGGAUAACAUAUACGGCUUCAACGGAGUGGUCGUCGGAGCCGCAACCGGAGCGCUGCGGAUCUUUCACAUCAACAACGAAUUCCGGGCGGACAUCAUUCCGGCGGAUAUUGUCACCAACGCAACACUAGCCGUGGGAUGGUACGCAGCCCAGCAUCGAAACGAGAUGAACAUCAUCAACUGCACGGUAGCGGACAAUCCAGUCUCCUGGGGAAUGGUUCGUGAGGAGCAGAUGAAGUGGAAAAGCAAGGUUCCAUUUCUGAACGCACUCUGGGUGCCAACGUACAACACAACAAAAUACUACGCCGUGUCGGAGUUUUUGAAGAUCUUCUACCACGUAAUUCCGGCAAUUUUCUUCGAUUUGGCUCUGAAGCUAAACAGCCAGAAACCAAGGGUGCUUAAACUGUACCGCAAGGUGCACAAGUUCUCCGAAGUGCUCAGCUUCUUCACCAACAACGAAUGGAACUUCCGCAAUGAGCAGUUCCACAAGGUGCUGGCACAGAUGUCGGAGGAAGAUCAGAAACUGUUCCCGUGCGAUGUGACGAAGAUCGACUGGAAAGAGUUUCUAGCGAACAAUUUGAUUGGCCUGCGCACGUAUGUCAUGAAAGAGAAGCUGGACAACCUGGAGGAGGCCAAGAAGAAAUUUCAUCGACAACGGAUGGCGCAUACGGUUUUCCUAGCGAUUUUCUAUGCGGCGAUGGCGUUCAUGGUCUACAAGUUGCUGGAAACUUCUGGCGCGACAGACUCGAUCGGAAGACUGCUUGAUGUGGGCAGCUGGCAGCAAUAGUGAUGUUUUGUGGUUUUGAUUGUAUAAGUAAGUUUUUGUGGCACUACUAGUUUGGUGGAAAUAUUAAAAACUUUGCAAAACGGCAA